ACUUUGACAUAUUUUGAACUGUAUAUAUUCAAUUUAAUUUUAACCUUUACCAAACACUUAGAUUAGCAACACCUUAUUAAUACACACAUCUUUAAAUGAUAUUCUUUCUUGUUCGUAUUUUUGAAAUUUACAAUACUUAUUCGGCAUUAUCUCGUUUGUAGAUUUGCAGUUUUACUAAUAUAAAUAGUAGUAGACACAUCAGGUGUCACAUACGCACUACCACGCACUACUACAUACGCAUCGGGUAUUCACAUACACACUACAAACACACACCGCCGCCAUGUCUUGGCGGUCUUCAUGGUCGAACCGGAAAAUGGGCGGGACCAUGGAGGUAAGAAUAUCUGGAGGGAGCAUAAAGUAUUUUUGAGGGCGAGGGGAGUGAAGCCUGAGAGAAUUCCAAAGAAACCACAAGUACGUAAAAAGUGGCUUGAUAGAAUGGACUUAAAUGACAGUAAUGUUCCAGAAAAUGCAUUUAUUUGCUCAUUACAUUUUGAAGAAAGUGAUAUGGACAAAACAUCACUUAAUUGUAUUAGAAUUAGAUCUGGUGCUGUCCCAUUUAAUAAUAUGAAUAUGAAAAAUGACGAGUCUCCUGUGAAACGAAAAAAAAUAUUGGACGAACAUAAUUAUAAUUUAAUGAAAGAGCAACAGAAUCUUGAUCCUGUAAAAAUACAAAAAAUACAUCACAAUGCAGAAAAAAAUUAUAUAGAUGAUCCUGAAACAUGCAGAAUCAAAGAAGCAGAAAAUCUUGAUUCCAUGGAAAUAUGUGACAACAUUGAACAAGUUUCCCAGACGAGUACUUCACCACGUACCACGUACAGUACCACGUACUUCAAGAAUUAAAAAUCAAGGAAUAAUUGUUUCGCCAUAUCUAUCAGAAAACACGCCACGGAAACAAUCGUUGAGAACUGCGUUGAUGUAUACGAGAAAAGAAUUUCAGAAAAAAAUUAAAAUGUUACAACAAAAGCAACGACGAACCAUUAAGUGUGUUGCAAAAUUGAAAGAUGUAUUGACAUGUUUGAAAAAAAAAAAUCUUCUUAAUGCAGAACAGCUGGAUGUCUUAAAAGAUUUAGGUAAUUUCAACAAACAAUUAUUAAAACGUCAAGUUAAUAAGAUUAAUAAAACUCCAACGCCUAAAAAGUAUAGGCCAGAAUUAAGAUCGUUUGCUUUAACGUUGCACUUUUAUUCGCCACGAGCGUAUACAUUUAUUCGAAAAAAAUUUGAUACUUGUUUACCCCAUCCAAAAACAAUAAGUAAAUGGUACAAGUCGGUUCACGGUGAACCUGGUUUUAACGAGGAAGCAUUGAAGUCCAUUAAAAAACGUGCUAAUUUAGUAAAUUAUCCUCUUUUUGGCGCUCUUAUAUUCGAUGAAAUGGCUGUAAGACAACAUGUAGAAUAUGAUGGUGAGAAAUAUUGUGGAUAUAUAGACUUGGGGCCUAAUAUUGAUUGUGAAUACGGUAUAAUAGCAAAAGAAGCACUAGUGUUUUUUGUAAAUUGUAUUAAUGGAUCCUGGAAAAUUCCCAUUGGAUAUUUCUUUAUUUCUGGUCUGAAUGCAGAGCAAAAGUUCAAUAUGGUUCGUCAGGCAUUAAUACUAUUGCAUGAGCAUGAAAUAAAUAUAAUAUCUGUAACUUUUGACGGGGCUCCAGCUAAUUUAACCAUGUGCACACUUUUAGGAUGUAAUUUUAACUUUACAUCUUUUCAGACUUAUUUCUCUCAUCCGUUAACGGACAGAAAAGUUACUGUAUUUCUCGACCCAUGCCAUUGUGUGAAACUAUUACGUAAUUGUAUUGGAGAACAUAAAUCAAUAAUUGAUGACAAUGGUGAUAUGAUCCAAUGGGAACAUUUUACGAAGCUUAAUGACAUUCAAGUUAAGGAAAGUCUACACUUGGGUAAUAAAUUAAGAACGCGUCAUAUACAAUACCAUAAAUAAAAAAUGAAAGUAAAACUCGCAGUGCAAAUCUUCAGUAAUUCUGUAGCUGAUGCAGUGCAAAUCUUCAAUAAUUCUGUAGAAAUUUGUAAAAAUGAUUUACGAUAUACAGAUUUUGCAAAUUCGGCCCCAACGAUAAGAUUCAUACGAAUAAUAAAUGAUCUUUUUGAUAUCUUAAAUUCGAGGAACAUGAAACAGAUAGGGUUCAAACAACCGUUAAAUAAAAACAAUAGUUCUAUAAUUUUGGAAAAAUUAAAAGAAGGCUAUAAUUUCCUAUCACAAUUACGAAAGACAGAUGGUCAAUUGUUGAUUUAUUCUAAAAAUAAAUGUGCAUUCCUCGGUUUUAUGAUAUGUAUCAAAAGUAUAACAAUACUUUAUAAAGAUUUAGUUGUUAGUCAAGACGUAUUAAAAUAUAUAUCAGGUUACAAAUUUAACCAAGAUCACGUUGAAUUGUUAUUCAGCUCUAUACGAGCUCAUGGAGGUUCUAA